AUGCCGCGCAUUCCUCGAGAGGAGUUAUCCGAGCACUUUCAUUAUGCAUGUCGCCAUAUUGUCCAUCACCUCAGUGGAGUCCAGGAACCGGAGGAGGGGCUUGCUGUGUCAGUUGCUGUAUUUCUCACUCAGGAAGCAACUCGCUGGGUGGAAGUCUGUGUGAGAAUGGAGGGCUACAUUAGUAUCUCGUCACUACCCAAGGACCUACACCUCGAUUUGGCCGAGUCACUCAACAGUCUAUAUUGCACUCUUUCGAAUCUUGGACGGCACUCGGAGGCGCUCCCAUUUAUUGAAGAAAGCGCCAAACUCUACCGCCAGCUAGUUACUUUGCUGUUCACCCAAACCCCGGAUUUGGCCGGGUCACUCAACAAUCUAUAUGUCACUCUUUCCAAUCUUGGACGGCACUCGGAGGCACUCCCAUUCAUUGAAGAAAGCGUCAAACUCUACCGGCAACUAGUUGCCGUUCAUCCAGGAUCGUACACCCCGCAUUUGGCCGUGUUACUCGGCAGCCUAUGCAAUGCUCUUUCCGAUCUGGGACAGCAUUCAGAGGCGCUCCCAUUCAUUGAAGAAAGUGUCAAACUCCAACGCCAGCUAGUUGCCAUCCACCCAGGAUCAUACAUCCCAGGUUUGGCCACGUCACUCAGCAAUCUAGCUUCCACUCUUUCCAAUCUCAGACGGCACUCGGAGGCACUCCCAUUCAUUGAAGAAAGCGUCAAACUCUACCGGCAACUAGUUGCCAUUCAUCCAGGAUCAUACACCCCGAAUUUGGCUUCGUCACUCAAUAAUCUACGUAUUGCUCUUUCCCGUCUUGGACGGCACUCGGAGGCACUCCCAUUUAUCGAAGAGAGCGUCAAACUUUACCGCCAGCUGGUUGUUGUUCACCCAGGAUCAUACACCCCGGAUUUGGCCAAGUCACUCAGCAACCUAUGCAAUGCUCUUUCCAAUCUGGGACGGGACUCAGAGGCGCUCCCAUUCAUUGAAGAAAGUGUCAAACUCCGACGCCAGCUAGUUGCUGUUCACCCAGGAUCAUACACCCCAGGUUUGGCCACGUCACUCAACAAUCUAUAUGCAACUCUUUCCAGUCUCGGACGGCACUCGGAGGCACUCCUAUCCAUUGCAGAAUGUGUUCAAAUCUGGCGCCAGCUAGUUGUUGUUAACCCAGGAGCACAUGCUCCAGGAUUGGCUCACUCGCUCAACAAUCUCCAUACUGCACUCUCCAAUCUCGGGCGUCAUUUCGAUGCACUAAUGGUCCGCGAUUGA